AUGGAUGCGGUUCACAAGGCAAUGCCCGUGAAGGAAUACCUUACUCACGACCUCUCAACUGUCAAAAUUGAGCUCUUGCAGCAACCGGACCUGGUCCCUAAACCUGCCUUCACCGAACCUGACUGUUUGCAAUUGGAGCGGGUGGUCGAAUUCAAUCUAUUGCAAGUUGAGGCUCUCUCCAACUUAGAGCACCGCAUUGAAGACAUUUCCUUAAGUCUUAAUGAUCUCACCUCGUGUCUUGAUGAUCACAAAGAGGGGAAGAAAGACAAGAGUGAGAAAAUUUCCAUGGAGAAUGCCAGUGAUGCUACUGUUGUUACUGAUGAAGCCCUUGCUCUUAUCCUCCAUGCUGAGGAUGCCAUCACAAGUAAUGAAGUUGAAGAUGAUGAUGAGGAUGAAAAUGAGGAUGAAGAAUCUCAUAUCCCUGACAUUAGACAAGACCUUAGAGAUGACGAUGAUGAUGAAGAUGAUGAUGAUGAAGACUUCACCAUUCGAUACCAUCCAAGACCAGUUUAG